AUCACCUACCCAGCUACACACAGCCCAGCGCCGACCGUUGUACACAGCCCAGCGCCGACCGUUGUACACAGCCCAGCGCCGACCGUUGUACACAGCCCAGCGCCGACCCAGCUACACACAUAACCCAGCACCGACCCAGCUCCACACAGCCCAACACCGACCCAGUUAUACACAGCCCAGCGCCGACCGUUGUACACAAUCCAGCGCCGACCCAGCUACACACAUAACCCAGCACCGACCCAGCUCCACACAGCCCAACACCGACCCAGCACUGCAUUCACGCCGAGGGUCACCGCUCCAGGAAUCCCCCAAUAUCUUCACUUCUAAACUGUAGUCACCAUUGAGUUGUUUCUUUGGACUUCCUGCAGCAAGCAUGUAUCGCACUUGUUUGCUGAAAUGUCUCAAACCUGCACGGAACCACCUUCCUUCCUCAAGUGCCUGCUCAACAUUUUCUACCUCGACGAUGAGUUUAUUCAAGCACAAAAACGCAAAGAGGAUUGAAGGCCUGGAUAAGAAUGUCUGGGUGGAGUUCACCAAGCUGGCAGCCGAGCCAGGGGUGGUUAAUCUCGGGCAGGGGUUCCCGGACCUGCCUCCCCCCUCCUACGUGCGAGAAGCCUUGGCCACCGCAGCGGCGGGAGACAACUUCAUGCUGAAUCAGUACACCCGAGGCUUUGGUCAUCCUCCAUUAGUGAAGGCACUCGCUGAUUUAUACGGUCACGUGUGUGGCCGUUCGAUUGAUCCGUACAAAGAUAUUGUGGUGACCGUUGGCGGCUACGGCUCUCUCUCACACUCCAUACUUGGCCUCGUUGACGAAGGAGAUGAGGUGAUAAUCAUUCAGCCAUUUUUUGACUGUUAUGAGCCAAUGGUUAAAAUGGCUGGUGGGGUCCCUGUCUUCAUCUCCUUAAAACCUGCGCAAGAGAGAGUUGUGGGAGAUGUGGGCGACAGUGGUGACUGGGUCCUCGACCGAGAUGAACUUGCCAGUAAAUUUAAUUGCCGGACCAAAGCAAUAAUCAUUAACACUCCCAAUAAUCCAUUGGGAAAGAUAUUCAAGAAGGAAGAGCUGCAGGUAAUGGCGGACCUGUGCAUUCAGCAUGACGUCCUGUGCAUCAGCGAUGAGGUGUACGAGUGGCUGGUCUUCAGCGGGCACAAGCACGUCAAAAUAGCCACGUUGCCAGGAAUGUGGGAAAGAACCAUCACCAUAGGAAGUGCUGGCAAAGCCUUUAGUGUGACUGGCUGGAAGCUUGGUUGGUCUGUCGGUCCAGAGCACCUGAUAAAACAUCUUCAGACUGUUCAACAGAACACUGUUUAUACCUGCUGCACUGCUAUUCAGGAAGCUAUUGCUCAGGGCAUUCGGAAGGAAAGGGGCCGGUUGAAGGAGCAGGAUUGCUACUUCACGCUGCUGGCCCACGAGCUGGAAGCCAAGCGGGAUCGCAUGGCUCAGCUUCUCCUCGCCGCCGGGAUGAAGCCAGUCAUCCCCGAAGGAGGAUACUUCAUGAUCGCUGACAUUUCUGCUAAAGAUGUAGAUCUCUCCAAAAUGGAAGGGGAUGAGCCUUACGAUAACAAAUUUGUGAAAUGGAUGAUUAAAAAUAAGCAAUUGGCAGCUAUCCCUGUGACCUCAUUCAUCAGUGAUCAAGCCAAGAGUCUCUAUGAGAAAUAUGUUCGUUUCUGCUUUAUCAAGCAAGAUAGUACGUUGGAUUCAGCAGAAGCCAUUCUGAAGAAUUGGAAGUGAAGGCCCUACUCUCAAUGAAUCCCUGUCAUUGUCACUAAUGAACACAUUAACUAGUGGUGGCCUCUAAUUUAUUUUCAGACAUACUGAUCAUCUUCACUUCUUUGUUUCCUUAAAGCCUGAACGCAUAGGUCAAGAAAUGGAAAGAACCAGCCGUUCUGUUAAACACUAUUUGGAUAUGAAACGUCAUCUUUUAGAUUAGUGUAGUUUCUCACUACAGUGGCACAUAUGGAAAAUAAAAUAUGUACAGUCUUAUCCAGCAAA